AUGACCAACGCACAGGCUGCACCCGCCGCCCAGCACGUCAACUUCUCCAAAUUCGCAACGCCCACCUCGCCAACUGUCGACGUCCCGCUGGCGGUCAUAAAUCGACCAGUACCGUCGCAGCUGGACGAGGGCAAGGUGUUGAGGUUCAUGGAGGACAUCCAGAAAGGAGAUGACUUGACGCCUAUAGAGGUCCUGCGCUGCGUCGCGCCCGACGGACAGAAGUAUUUUUUCGCCUUUGGAGGAUGUCACCGGUAUGAGGCGCACAAGCGGCUCAAGAGCGAGACGAUUCCCGGACGGAUAAUAAACGUCCCGCCUUCUGCGAUCCGGAUGUACUUGGGCGCAAGCGCGCCUUUCUGA